UCAAUAUGGCGACUGUCAGUGCUGAAUUUCGGUCCCUCAGUUAAACGUCACCGGUUGACUAUUUUUUAGCAGUCAUAUUAAAUUACUCAAUGUACAGAAAUGGUGCAAAGAUAUUAGAGAAUGUCAUGUGGAUUUUUAGAAGAUUAAAAUUGCCUGAAUAGUGUAUAUAUGCUGUAUUCUCAUUGAAUCGGACCUGUGUCCUUCAGUUCGAUGUUUUUUAUCAACGUGUAGUGACGUGAAUAAUGUCCACCAUGGUGAACCUGCGUAUUCAAGACAGCCCAGAGCUGGUGCACUGGACCCGAGAAGCAAAAAAGGAUUUUAAGGGUGUAAAAUCGACGGAUUUGAUAACGAGACUGCCAUUCAUGCUGAAGAAAGGACUUAUCAUGCAUAAGGAAAACAAGACCAAAGACGCUUAUAUUUUAUUCACAAGAUAUUUGCACGUUGCCGAGCUCCUUCAGAGGAGAAACUUAGAUGCUUCACUAAGGAAGCAAUUAAACGCUAUCAUAAAGAUCAAUGAAGCUAAGGAACUGCAAGAGGCCAUAAUAAGAACCGUCAAUGCAAGCAUUCCAGCAUCGAAAAACAUUCCCACUAAUUCUUUGAACAAUGCUCCAAACAAUAAAAGUUUGAACAAAAACAAUUCAAUUGAUAAAAACGAAGACGACCUAUUAAAUUUGCCAGAGAUUCCUGAUGACGAUCCCGUAGCUGAAGUCCCUGACGACUUUAUAUCGUGCACUGAACUGUUUCCCAUUAUCCAGGCCGGAAAAAGAUAUUUAAUAAUCGAUAUUAGAUCUCUCGAGGACUUCCAACAAUCUAGAAUCAAAGCUGAUAAAUGCAUUAACAUCCCUAAUUCUGAGAUAAUUUCUGGAAAAACAGCGAAAAAGUUUGAUCUUUAUCUCCAGAUGAAGAACCCAGGAUACGCAAAACUCUAUAGUGAAAGAAGCCAGAAAUUUGUGGACUUGAUUGUCCUAAUGGAUUGGGAUACCACUCGAUUAACGUUGACAGCCACCAAUCACGUCUCGAUAAUGAAAGAGAUUCUCACCAAGUGGGACUCAGGUGUGCAAAUCAGCAAGCAUUUAAUUCUUCACGGUGGUUUCUCUGAGUGGCUCAAUGUUUAUCCAUCGUUUACCACUAAUCCGGGAGUGCGAAGGCACGUCCCCAUGGACAAUAUUCUCGACGAAAUCCUGGAUGAUAUUAAAUACCCAGAUUGGAUGACUCAAGAAGGCUCUAAAUCCAUAAUAAAUUAUGCAUCGAAGAAUAAUAAUAACGAUGCAAGGCGAGGGAUAGAUAUUCCGGGAUUGCAUUCCAAAGUGAAUGACUCAAUGAUCAAUAAACGAUUAGCCCUGCCAAAUAAAUUACCAAUGAAUUACGCCUCGUACGAAGACGAGGAUGUCAAUAUGGAGUACCUCUCAAAGGAAAUCGACAGGCUUAACGUCGAAAAAGAGAAGCCAUUGCGACCUGUCGUUGACAGAAGCUGCAAACCUACAGCCCUCAUAGCAAAUCCUCAGCAGGAACAGACUAUUUCAUUGAUCACCAGAAUAACAAGCGAUCUCAAGGACCAGGAGAAGUGUGAGAGGCAAUCACUUCAGCUGGAGAACGAUAUCCUCGCCAUGCUUACAAAGAGCACCAAUAACGUUAACUCUGAUGAUGAUGAUGAUUUAGAGUCAAUGUAUGUUAAAAAGAAUACUGUACAGCAAACUAUUGCUGCCAUUGUUAAAGAUAAGGAGGAGAAGGAAGCUGAGUUAAAGAAGAUUGCUGGCGAUAUGUUGUCUCAAGUUAAUACAGACACUCAUGAGCAUAUGAAAAUGGGCACCAUGAAAAUACGAUUAUUAGGUAUUGUGAGAGAGAGGAAGGAAGUUCAACAAAAAAUAGAUGAAGCAGAAAAAAGAAGAGAAGAAGUACGUUUAAAGGGUUCCCCGAGACAUGAUGAUGAUUCGACUAUUUACAAAGAGCCUUUAAAAUCAGAAGGAUCUACCAAUAAUUCAGGAUUAAAGCGUUCGCUGUCUAGUCCAAACCUAGCCAAGAUGGAAGAUAGAAAGGUGCCUAUAAUUGAUAGAUCUUCAAAGCCACACGCGGUGCGGAGGAACUUGAAGGAAACAAACAACAAUAUAUCUGGAACAUCCUGGAAAGAUUCCUUCAAACGUAUGGACCCUGUGUACCGUGACUGCCAUCCUGGUAUUACUGGACUGAAAAAUUUGGGAAAUUCAUGCUAUAUGAAUAGUAUAAUUCAGUGCCUGAGCAAUACCGCUUUUUUAGCUAAAUAUUUUAAUGAUAAUGGAUACCAAGAUGACCUGAAUACAAACAGUGAUAAUGAGACUCGCGGGCAAAUCGCUGAGGAAUUCGCUCAAGUGAUUAAGGCACUGUGGAGAGGACAGUACAAGAGCAUUGCGCCCAGGGAUCUCAAGGAUACUAUUGGACACUUUAGGCUGCAAUUCGACAGCUGUGAACAACAGGAUUCCCAUGAAUUUCUCACAUUUCUUCUCGAGUGGAUGCAUAAUGAUUUGAGAAAAGAUAACAAGAUGAGGAUAGAUGGACCUCUGAGUGCUGCUGAAAAGGAGUGGGAGAAAGCACUCAAAGGACAGUAUUCAGUCAUUUCGAGGCUCUUUAUGGGACAACUCAGAUCAACAAUUUGUUGCACAACGUGCUCUGGAAAGAGUAUUACUUAUGAAACUUUCACCAGUCUCUCAAUAUCUUUGCCAGAGGCUAAUCGUUGCACUCUGGAUGACUGCAUAAGGCAUUUUGUGAGUGGCCAGAGGAUCUCAGGGUGGAAUUGUCCCCACUGUAAGACCGCUCGAGAAGCAACAAAAAAAUUUGAUUUCGUCAAAUUAGCACCAAUAAUGGUGAUUCACUUGAAUCGAUUUGCCGGAACUGAAGUUGGACUUGAGAAGAAAAAUACUUCCGUGGUUUUUCCACUAAUGGAUUUCAAUCUCAAACAAUAUCUCGUCGUAGACGCUGAUUCUAACACCUUAAAUCAUCCUCACAAUUAUAGUUAUAAUCUUUAUGGGCUUUCAAAUCACUAUGGCACCAUGGGCGGGGGGCAUUACACCGCUUUCUGUAAGAGUUCUACACUCAACAAAUGGUACAAGUAUGAUGAUCACUCUGUAUCUGAAAUCAGCGAGCAGAACGUCAGAUCGCAAAAUUCCUAUGCUUAUCUGCUUUUCUACACAUCACUUUCUUACGAAUCUUAUACCUACAUAGAUGAGAGCUCGUAAUUUCACUUGAAAGGAAUUUUAAUCCGCCACUGUCGAUGUCUCGAUAACGAUUGAUCCAACGAUAUGAGUCAUUUCCUCGAGACACUUGAAAUAUGAGAUUGUAUUCAUGUGUGUACACUGUAAAUAUGUAAAUACUCAUUUUAGCAUAAUAAUUGAAAAUUAUAGUCACUUGUUAAGCAGAAAAUCAUAAUUAUUGUGGAAAAUAGCCUUUCAAAAACUAUGCCGUUUAAUAAAAUGCUUUAUAUUAAUAAA